AUGAACCUGGCUAAAUUUUCCUUUGCCCAUAGAAACCUUUUCUUCAUUUCGAAAUACACCAUCAGUUCGUUAAAUUAUUUCUUCACUCGUGAAAAAAAAAAUUUACUGCCAAAAUAUGGGGUUACAAAUUUUUUAUACCAUAAUGAGGUAGCGUUAACAAGGGGAAAUAACGUCUAUGACGGCGUUUUAAAAAAUUCAGUCCUUUUGAAUGAAUCCAUUUUUAUGUCCAAUUUGGAAAAAAAAAGCCAAGAGAAAUCAGCCUUUGAAAGGCCUCAACAGGUUGACCCUUACGCGUGCGAAUGUUCCGCAUGGAUGGUUUACUAUGCCGUAUAUUUGCCUUCCGACCAUUAUCAUGACAUGGACCACCACGGCACAAUGUAA